AUGUGUUGAGCUUAUUACUCUAUAUAUCUUUUUAAUACUCAUUUAUCUCUUUAAUACUCCUCUUUUCUCUCUCCUUUCUAUAACUUUUGAGUUUUUGUUUCAGCCUUCAAUAUGAGCAGUUCAAGAAGAGAUCCCAUGUUUGGUCAAGAACUGGUGUUCGUAAAGAAAGCAAAAUCUAUGGUUACGACAGAUAAGUAUACUGAGUUUUUAAGACUCCUGUACAAUUACCAUGGCAGAAGAAUUGAUAUAGAAGUUUUCAAAGAAGGAGUAUCGGAGUUGUUUAAAGAGCAUAAAGAUUUAAUUUCAAGAUUCAACGUGUUCUUGCCACGGGGACACCAAAUCUCAGUUCCAUUGGAGGAUGAACAACAAGGUAACGGUGAUGCAUUAGCUGUCAAAGAUGAACAUCAAGGCGAUGAUGAUGCAUUAGUAGUCAAAGAGGAACCCAAAGAUGAUGAAGAAAAACAAGUUUGAUUACAAUAACGUGAGUAGAAGUUCACAGAUUGAUCUGCAAAAUGAGAGAUUCUUUGGUCCUUUGGAUAUUUUCUUGAAUUGUUGUAU